GCGUAGAACCGGUUACCUGUUGCGGGCCUUGACGGCUGCAGUCGUCCUCUCGGGGAUGUUCUUCUACCUGAGCAAGAAAAUUGCGAUUCCCAAUAACGUGAAACUGAAAUGUAUAUCGUGGAACAAGGACCAAGGAUUCAUAGCAUGUGGUGGUGAAGAUGGAUUACUGAAAGUUUUGAAAUUAGAAACACAGACAGAUGAUGCAAAAUUAAGGAUUCUUUCUAUGAAUCAGACUCUUGAAGGUCAUAGUGGUUCUGUUCAACUUGCAACAUGGAAUGAACAGUAUCAGAAGUUGACUACCAGUGAUCAAAAUGGGCUCAUCAUUGUCUGGAUGUUAUAUAAAGGCUCUUGGUAUGAGGAGAUGAUCAACAAUCGAAAUAAAUCAGUGAUUCGAAGUAUGAGCUGGAAUGCUGAUGGACAGAAGAUCUGCAUCGUAUAUGAAGAUGGGGCUGUGAUAGUUGGUUCAGUGGAAGGGAAUCGUAUUUGGGGAAAAGACCUGAAGGGUUUACAACUAUGCCACGUAGCAUGGUCGGCAGAUAGUAAAGUCUUACUUUUUGGAAUGACAAAUGGGGAAAUACACAUUUAUAAUAAUCAAGGGAAUUUUAUAAUGAAAAUGAAGCUGAAUUGUUUGGUGAAUGUCACUGGAGCAAUCAGUAUUGCUGGAAUUCACUGGUACCAUGGCACAGAAGGCUACGUGGAGCCCGACUGCCCUUGCCUUGCUAUUUGUUUUGACAAUGGGAGAUGCCAAAUAAUGAGACACGAGAAUGACCAAAAUCCAGUUUUUAUUGAUACUGGCAUAUGUGUGGUAAGUGUUCAGUGGAACCACAUCGGCAGUGUAUUAGCUGUGGCAGGCUCCCAGAAGGCAGUCACGCAGGAUAAAGACAUCAACAUUGUGCAGUUUUACACUCCAUUUGGUGAGCAUCUGGGUUCUUUGAAAGUUCCUGGGAAGCAGCUGUCUGCACUGUCCUGGGAAGGAGGUGGACUGAAAAUUGCUCUAGCUGUUGAUUCCUUUAUAUAUUUUGCAAAUAUUCGACCUGAUUAUAAGUGGGGUUAUUGCUUAAAUACUGUAGUUUAUGCAUAUACCAGACCUAAUCGUCCAGAGUACUGUGUUGUCUUUUGGGAUACAAAAAACAAUGAGAAAUAUGUUAAAUAUGUGAAGAGUCUCAUUUCCAUUACUACCUAUGGUGAUUUCUGCAUUUUGGCUACGAAAGCUGAUGAAGAUCAUCCUCAGGAGGAGAACGAGAUGGAGACAUUUGGUGCAACGUUCGUGCUGGUUCUUUGUAAUUCUAUUGGCACACCCUUGGAUCCCAAAUACAUUGAUAUUGUACCGUUAUUUGUUGCAAUGACCAAAACCCAUGUGAUAGCAGCUUCAAAAGAAGCAUUUUAUACCUGGCAAUAUCGUGUGGCAAAGAAGCUCACAGCAUUGGAAAUUAAUCAGGUCACGCGAUCUCGAAAAGAAGGGAGAGAAAGGAUUUAUCACGUUGACGAUACUCCUUCUGGAUCAGGGGAUGGUAUACUGGAUUAUGGUAAAGCCAUCCAAGGCACAAGGGAUCCAAUUUGUGCCAUAACUGCAUCUGAUAAGACAUUAAUUGUGGGUCGUGAAUCUGGCACCUUUCAGAGAUACAGUCUUCCUAAUGUUGGUUUGAUUCAAAAAUAUUCCCUUAAUUGUCGAGCCUGUCAGUUAUCCUUGAACUGCAACUCUAGUCGUCUUGCCAUCAUAGACAUCUCAGGAAUUCUGACUUUCUUUGACUUGGAGGCUCGGGUCACAGACAGUACAGGACAGCAAGUAAUUGGCGAGUUGUUAAAAUUGGAGCGAAAAGAUGUCUGGGAUAUGAAGUGGGCCAAGGAUAACCCUGAUUUGUUUGCAAUGAUGGAGAAGACAAGAAUGUAUGUUUUCAGAAAUUUGGAUCCAGAGGAACCCAUUCAGACCUCUGGAUAUAUUUGUAACUUUGAGGACUUAGAAAUUAAAUCUGUUCUUUUGGAUGAGAUAUUAAAGAACCCAGAACAUCCAAACAAGGAUUAUAUAAUUAACUUUGAGAUUCGGUCCCUGCGAGAUAGUCGUGCAUUGAUUGAGAAGGUUGGAAUUGAAGAUGCAUCUCAAUUCAUAGAGGACAAUCCACACCCCCGACUUUGGCGCCUACUGGCUGAAGCAGCUCUUCAGAAACUGGACUUACACACUGCAGAGCAAGCAUUUGUGCGCUGCAAAGAUUACCAAGGCAUUAAGUUUGUGAAGCGCCUGGGCAACCUGCAGAGUGAGUCAAUGAAGCAGGCUGAAGUUGUUGCCUACUUUGGCAGGUUUGAAGAGGCUGAAAGAAUGUAUCUUGAUAUGGACAGAAGAGAUCUUGCUAUUGGCCUCCGGCUGAAAUUGGGGGAUUGGUUUAGAGUACUCCAACUCUUGAAAACUGGAUCUGGUGAUGCAGAUGACAGUCUCCUUGAACAAGCCCACAAUGCCAUUGGAGACUACUUUGCUGAUCGACAAAAGUGGUUGAAUGCUGUACAAUAUUAUGUACAAGGCCGGAACCAGGAACGCUUAGCCGAAUGUUACUAUAUGUUAGAAGAUUAUGAAGGAUUAGAGAAUCUUGCCAAUUCACUUCCAGAAAACCACAAGUUGCUUCCAGAAAUAGCACAAAUGUUUGUGAGAGUUGGAAUGUGUGAACAAGCAGUGGCUGCAUUUUUGAAAUGUAAUCAACCAAAGGCAGCGGUAGAUACUUGUGUACAUCUCAACCAAUGGAACAAAGCUGUUGAAUUGGCUAAAAAUCAUAGUAUGAAAGAAAUUGGAUCUCUGUUAGCUAGAUAUGCAUCUCAUUUACUGGAAAAGAAUAAAACUCUUGAUGCCAUAGAACUGUAUCGGAAAGCCAAUUACUUUUUUGAUGCUGCUAAACUGAUGUUUAAGAUUGCAGAUGAAGAGGCAAAGAAAAGAACUAAACCUUUGCGUGUUAAGAAGCUCUAUGUUCUGUCAGCUUUACUUAUAGAGCAGCAUCAUGAACAAAUGAAAAAUGCCCAACGAGGAAAAGUUAAAGGAAAGAGUUCAGAGGCCACUUCUGCAUUGGCUGGUUUGCUGGAAGAGGAAGUUCUGUCUACAACGAGUCGUUUCACAGAUAAUGCUUGGAGAGGGGCUGAGGCUUACCACUUCUUUAUACUUGCACAGAGGCAGCUCUAUGAGGGAUAUGUUGACAUUGCGUUGAAGACAGCUCUUCACCUACGAGACUAUGAAGACAUUAUCCCUGCUGUUGAGAUCUACUCUCUGUUAGCGCUCUGCGCAUGUGCCAGCAGAGCUUUCGGGACUUGCUCAAAAGCUUUUAUUAAACUUGAAUCUUUAGACACCCUCAGUUCAGAACAGAAACAGCAAUACGAAGAUCUUGCUCUAGAAAUCUUCACCAAACAUACUCCAAAAGAUAACAGAAAAUCUGAAUUGGACAGCCUUCUUGAAGGUGGAGAAGGGAAACUGCCAACAUGUGUUGCCACAGGAAGCCCGAUCACUGAAUAUCAAUUUUGGAUGUGCAGUGUCUGCAAGCAUUGUGUUCUUGGUCAGGAAAUAACUAACUACAACUUCUGUCCCUUAUGCCAUAGUCCAGUGGGAUAAGGGAAUGAUGAACUGUAUAUAAUUGUAAAAUAUAUGUAGCAUAUGUUCAUAGCCAUAACUGUAUAUGUAAUACGGUUGAUUGCUGUAAGUUUUAUAUGAAAAUAAGACUCAUUAUUUUAUAGUUGUAUUUUUGCACAAAAUUUUUAUUAUUCCUAUAAUAAAGUACUUUUUGUACAGAAAUACAACCAUAAAAUAAUAAAGAUGAUUUUCAUGGAAGUCAACCUUAUUUUUUAUCUAUCUGUAUGUCAUUUAUCUAUCUUGAGGUUAGUUACAUGAUACCAUGGAAAUAUCCAAAUAAUAAAUGUUUUUCUUAUAGUGUCAAGGUUAUUAAUUCAUUAAAAAGUCUUGGGGGUGAGAGAAGCAUGGGAAUGGGGCAAAGCUGAAUUUAGAGCAUUGACAUAACUUGUAUUACGAGGAGGUUAAACAAUUUUAAUACUGAAAUGAGCUUUAUGUCUAGCUGUAUUUGAUUAAAUGAGUAUUGAAUGUCUUCCAUGUUUUAUUUUCAGAAGUAAGGAGAUGGCAUUUUAAGACAAUUUUUACAAUUUGAAUAGUUUCUAAUAGACUUAUUCAUCCGUUUAAAAAAAUCUAUCCUGUUAGUCUCAUUCAAGAGAUGGCAUUUAGCACUUACUUUUUCAUAUUAUUGUGCACAAAACUUGGUUCUAUUUAUAAUGAUAAGAACUUAUACAAAAAUACCCAUUUUGUAGUUAUGCUUUCAAUUGAAAUAUUGUCACCAAGCUGGACUCUUCAUUUAAGAAAACUCUUGCUGUAGGAAGUGAUUCUUUCUUGAUAUGCAUCUGUUUUGAUGUGUUAUCAUUAAUUUAAAAGAGAAAAAAUUGUGAUCAGUAAUGGGUAAAUUUCUUACCUCUUUUAUAUAGAAAAUAAUGCUCUCCGUUUAUUUCUAAUGAACUUAUGUCCUCUCAUUUUGUGGCUAAAGACCACACUUUAGCACUAUUUUAUUAAGAUUGUUUGCUGAGGUUUGGCUGAUGUUUAGUUGAGACGAUAAAUAAAGAGAAAUACACAGCA